GUAUAAUAAUUGCAUAUAUAAUAUAUUGAUACCGAAAGUUCCCAGAAUCGGAAACCUCUGCCUUUGUCUGGUUUGUUUGGACUGCCAAGUCUUUGCCCAUGGCGUAACCUUUGGAUUCCCAUAAAUGUUUUGAGGGGAUCUACUCGUGCUAGUCAGUUUACCCACAAGUUGGUUGGUUUUGUUGCUCAACAGCCAGUGCUCUGGAUUUAUCAGGAAAGAAUAAAGAUGGGUGCUUUUUGCUGCUGUCCACGUGAUGGAGAAGUGGAAGAAUAUGCUCUUCCAAGCAAUUCGAUAUACAGGCACUGCUUAUGCCUGAGAUACUUUUUCCACCAGCUAUUUAGUGGGUAUGGUGUAAUGUUUCAUAGGCUUGAAGGAAGGUCAACAUCUUCACCAAUCCAAGGAGCUUCUUUUACAUCAUCAGGGAUUAACACAGCAUUACCUGAUAAUACAUCAAAUGAUAUUCAUCUCUCGGUGUCCAGACCAGUGGCUUCUGAUUCUGAUCAGAGGUACUCCCGUUUGCAACGUGAUGGCUUGGUCUCUAGGCGUGAUAAGUCAAUGACACAUUUCCAAGAAGAUUCUCAACCACUGAGGAGAAAUAUGAGCAGUUCUGGCGCAGAAUCAUUGGACUUUGGGAAGAAAAGAAAUGGAGUUGAAUCUGAAGAAGAUGGUAAACUUGGCCAUUCUGAGUCCUCAGAGAAGGCUUUGACAGCAAAAGUUGCAUUUGGACUAGCUUAUAUGCAACCAUCUUCUGAAGAUGAUGAUGUCUGUCCUACAUGUCUCGAUGAAUAUACUCCAGAAAAUCCUAAAAUAACAACACGAUGUUCUCAUCAUUUUCACCUCGGUUGUAUUUAUGAAUGGCUGGAAAGAAGUGAAAGUUGUCCAAUCUGCGGCAAGGAGAUGGAGUUCUGUGAAAGCCCGUAAGUAAGUUUGCGUGUCUGGUUUCAAAGCAAUAGAGCAAAUAUACAUAGAGCGGCCAUGAGCAUCUGUAAAUAAAAGUCCCCUCAUCUUGUUUAAAGCAAGCUUGCACAGGAGAAAUCCAUUGUUUGUUUAAUCACAUAUAUCUUAAUCUUCUUUUACGUUUUGAUCCUUCAAUGUCAAUGUUCCUUAUCGUAUAGUAAAACUGCUGACAAAUGUUAAAAUCAUAUUAUCUGAUGAUAUACAUAGUUGUAACGGAAU